AUGCGUUACUCUCUCACUCUGAUGGGCCUGGCCACCCUCGGCUUCCACAUCCUCCCCAGUCUUUCCGCAGCUGUGCCUGCCUCUAACUUGGCUCUCCGCUCUAACACGAUUGACAAGCGUCAUGUAUACACUGUCGACGAGGAUGAGCUUGCCAAGCGUCAUGUAUACGGUGUCGACAAGGACGAGCUUGCUAAGCGUCAUGUCUACGGUGUCGACAAGGAUGAGCUUGCUAAGCGUCAUGUCUACGGUGUCGACAAGGAUGAGCUUGCCAAGCGUCAUGUCUACGGUGUCGACAAGGACGAGCUUGCCAAGCGUCAUGUCUACGGUGUCGACAAGGAUGAGCUUGCCAAGCGUCAUGUCUACGGUGUCGACAAAGAUGAGCUUGCCAAGCGUCAUGUCUACGGUGUCGACAAGGAUGAGCUUGCAUGA